AUGCCAGACACGACCGAAGUCCGCAAGCGUUCGCGCUCGCCUUCUGACUCGGACACCCACCAACAGUCCCACAAGCGCGUCAACACCGGUGCCCCUGCAUCGCCACGCUCCGACUCCAAAAAAGAUGAACACGAAUCCGCUCCUGCCUCCCCCGCCUCCGCGUCCAAAAAGGAUUCAGACCCACCCGCACCACCCGCCGCCCAGAUCCACAUGCGUUGCCUCAUUGUCACACAGGACGCCUCGAUUAUCAUUGGCAAGGCCGGCAAACAUGUCAACGAAAUCAGAGAAAAGAGCGGUGCCAGGGUCAUGGUCUCCGAAAGUAUCCCAGGAAAUCCCGAACGAAUUUUGAACGUUAGCGGUCCACUUGACGCGGUUUCCAAGAGCUUCGGAUUAAUUGUGCGUCGCAUCAACGAUGAGCCCUUUGACACACCCUCCGUCCCGGCAGUCGCGCAGUAA